ACUAUCUCUAUGGUUUUACGGCAUCUUUACUUUAAGAUUUGUCUUUUCUCACACACCAUAACCCAUAAAGAUGCUGGACUGAUCUGCUGAUAAAAUGUCUCUUAGAGCUUCCUUCAGCAUCCAGAGACUGUUUACAAGAUACCUUCAAUCUCAACUUGUGGUUCAGAAUGGAAGACAGACAUACUGCACUAACAGUAACAUAUUGACUCUCCAUCAUAGAGGUGUCUUCAAUGAUGUAUUCCCUCCUCAAAGUGAUGAAUUGCCCAAGCUUCUGACAUCCAGUCCUCAGAGUAUCUAUUGUGGUGUAGAUCCUACAGCUGAGAGCCUUCACAUUGGUAAUCUUCUAGCUCUCAUAGCACUUAUACACUGCCAAAGAGCUGGACAUCAAUGUAUAGCAUUGAUUGGUGGAGCCACUGCUUUGAUUGGUGACCCCAGUGGCAAAUCAACAGAAAGGGAAUCAUUACAUCCAGACCUGGUAGAAAGGAACGCUGCUUCCAUUCACCAGUCUCUUCAGCGAAUCUUCACUAAUCAUGAGAGACUUUUCUGGAAACGCGAUAAGACACUGCCAGAUAUAAGAAUAAUGAAUAACCAGGAUUGGUAUAAAUCAGAGAACCUGGUGCAGUUCUUAGGGACGUACGGUCGAUUCUUUAGGAUGGGUUCUAUGCUGUCAAGACAGAGCGUCCAAACAAGAUUGAACAGCCCUGAGGGAAUGAGUUUCUCUGAGUUCGCCUAUCAAAUAUUUCAGGCCUAUGACUUCUUGCACUUACAUGAGCAAUAUGGCUGUAACAUACAGAUAGGAGGAACUGAUCAAUUGGGUAAUAUCAUGUCUGGUCAUGAUCUCAUCAGAAGAACAGCUGGUAAUGAGGUUUAUGGUCUGACUAUCCCAUUAGUGACGAGUGCAACUGGAGACAAGCUUGGUAAAACAGCUGGUAAUGCAGUCUGGAUUAACAGAGAUAAAACCUCAGAGUUUGACCUUUAUCAGUAUUUCAUCAGGAUGCAUGAUAAUGAUGUGGAGAAGUCUCUGAAGCUCUUCACAUUCCUGCCUCUACAAGAUAUUGAUGCAGUAGUCAGGAAACACAAGGCCAAGCCAGAGAAACGAAAGGCUCAGAGGUUGCUAGCUGAGCAAGUGCUCCUAUUAGUUCAUGGGGAGGAAGGAUUAGAAAAGGCCCGACGUUUGACUGAAGCCUUGUACAGCUCUGAUCCCGGUGCCUUAGAGAGAUUAAGCGUAGAGGAAGUGAGCCAACUCUUCGGUGGAGGAAGCUUUGUAGAGAUAAUGCUAGAACCUGGUCUUACUGUCUAUCAGGUUGCUGUAGCCGCAGGAGCUCUACCAAAAGAUCGAGGAGUAGGAAUCAUAGAAGAUGGUGGUGUUUAUGUCAAUAAACAGAGAGUUACCAAUCCACAUGAAGUUCUGCAGAAAGGUCUUCAUAUCCUUAGUAACAAUGUCACAUUACUCAGAAUAGGCAAGAAGAACUACACACUAAUCAAAUGGGUCUGAUGGCUGGGGUGUCUGAUAUCAAGCUUCUCAGUAUGUGGAACAUCUCAGUAGCUUUAGAAGGAUAACAUCCCCCAAUAAGAGGCAGAGGUCAAAGGUCAUUCAUGUCAUCAAAUGACCACAGAAUCGUAUUAACACAUAGCAAUUAUACUGUACAGUGUAAUGAAAACAUCUUUCUUGAAUCAUUCAUGAUGGCCAUUUUUGUGGCAAGAAACUUUUCUGAUUUGCAAACUUUCAGUGCAGUGGAACCUAUAUAUUAUUGAAACAUGGGAAAUGACCUUAUUUUGAAACCUUGUUAUCUCAGUACUGAAAGUAAGAGACAACGGAGUGGGACCAGCAACAUUACGUUGUUGAAAGUGUUCUUUGUAGUGAGGUUCAACAUUUUUGCAACAUGAAACUAUGUGAACCUACACCACUUGCAAAAUGUUACAAAAAGUUUUGGUUUUACUGUAAUGACAUGUAUGGGAUACAAUGAGAUGCUAUACUGUUAUUUUAGAUAGCUCUUAAAGCUACAACGUUGUGAUUGGUCCACAGCUCAUCAUGUGAUAAUUACUGCGAGGAAGGUAAUUAUAUAUUUCACUACCGGUCAUUUCUUGAAGUUAUAUUGACGACCUGUUCAAAUGAGUAUGUUUUUUUAUCAUACCUUAUCCAAGCAUCCCUGCACACACUAGCGUGUAUCCGUUGUUUGCAUUGUGUUAGCCGCAUGUAUUUUAUGCGUAAGGCUGGAAGGCAUGAGAUCACAACUAUCCUUAAUUUGUAUAACAAAUAUUUCAUGCAUUUAGUAUAACACAUGUUACCUCCAAGUUCAUAAUUCCCAUCAUCCUGUUAUUCCGACCUUGGUGAAAUAUAACAUCACUCAUGAAUUUCUUACAUUGUCUGUUCCUAUAUUUGUUAUACUGAGCGCUGGAGCUUGCAAUAUUUGUAUAAUAUCAUUGACAUAUGUUUUCAUGCAGAGUGUAGACCUCCCUGUAUUAGGUUUGUGCAAUGUGUGUACCUGAUAAAUGGGAAUGCUUCUCAUCAAACAUUUCCUCCUGUACCAUAAUCCUCAGUUUCAGAUUUUAAAAGAAAUAAUUUCUCCUUUCAUCCCUAGAGUAUCCCUUAGUACAGUUGUGCUUGUAAUGAGUACGAGUAUGUGAGAUGCUUAUAUUAUUUCAUAUAGCAAAGAAGAUAUAGAAUAGUGGUACUGGCAUACAAAUUUAUGAGCUUAUAGUGUGAUAUACAUGUAAAGGUUUUUACUAGUGUGAGAUUAUAGUGCUGUGUAUACAAGGUUAAAUGCCUAUGCAAUGAUUUAUUGCAUAUUUACGUUA